AUGCCUAAGGAGAAGACCACCAAGCGUGCCACCAAGGCCAGAACUGAGAAGAAGAAGAAGGAUCCUAACGCGCCAAAGCGUGGACUUUCGGCUUACAUGUUCUUCGCCAACGAGCAACGCGAGAAUGUUCGUGACGAGAACCCUGGUAUCACCUUCGGCCAAGUUGGCAAGGUUCUCGGAGAGCGCUGGAAGGCUCUCAACGACAAGCAGCGAACUCCAUAUGAGGCCAAGGCUGCUCAAGACAAGAAGCGCUAUGAGGACGAGAAGGCAAGCUACAACGUAAGUAAUGAUGAGCCUGUGGGCGUUCGCAAGCGUACUGCAAGAGGUACUAAUAAGAACGUCGCACAGGCUGAUGCCGAAGAGGAAGAGUCUUCUUAG